AUGUUCUGUUCCUGCCCCAAUAACUUUGGUGAUACACAGAAUACAAACGUAUGCCCUGUCUGCCUUGGUUUUCCUGGCAUGCUUCCCAUGCCAAACGCAAAGGCUAUUCAAUAUGCAUAUAGAAUAGCCCGUGCCUUACAAUGCACCCUUGCACCAACAGUGCAGUUUGAUAGAAAAAAUUACUUUUAUCCCGAUCUCCCCAAAAACUACCAGAUAUCACAAUUUCAUUCCCCUAUUGGAAGAAAUGGGGUUUUUGGAUUUCUCUACAAUAAUACAAUGCGUUCUCUUCGUAUUCAUGAAGCUCAUUUAGAAGAAGAUGCGGGUAAGCUGAUCCAUAGCUCAGAAAGUAGUUACUGCGAUUAUAACAGAUCGGGAACGCCACUUAUGGAAAUAGUUACCGAACCCGAACUCCAUAGCCCUGAAGAAGCGGAGUCUAUGCUAAGGCAGUUUAGACGUUUAGUACGCUACCUUGCUGUCUGCGACGGAAAUAUGGAAGAAGGAUCUUUGCGUUGUGAUGCGAAUGUGUCUAUCAAUUAUCCAGGAAAAGGCUUGGGAGUGAAGGUUGAGAUCAAAAAUGUAAAUAGUUUUCGUUUUGUACGUGCUGCAUUGGAGUAUGAAAUACAGAGGCAGUCUACUGUGCUUACUGAAAAUAAAAACAUUGUUCAGGAAACUCGGUUGUGGAAUGAAAACAGGGAUAUUACUGUGUCUAUGCGUAGCAAAGAACAAGCAGAUGAUUAUAGGUAUUUUCCCGAACCUGAUAUUAGCCCUGUAACCCUUGGUGCAGAUUUCUUUACUGCUUUAGACGAAGAAGGUGUGGAACUUCCAAGUCAACGCCAACUGCGUUUACAAAAGACUUAUAGUCUAGAUCACGGUCUCUUGGAUUUCUUUAUGGAAGAAAAGACUGCUGUAGAUUACUUAGAGAAUGUUCUGUCUAGAGGGGUUGACCCAAAACUUGUUGCUACAUGGGCUACAGGAGAUGUAAAAAAACUCUACAAUAAGCACUCCCUACACUUUGCUUCUGCCCCGCUUACACCCGAGCGCUUCUCUUCUCUACUACAGCUAAUACAAGAAGGGAAGCUACAUGGAAAGAUGGCAAAAAUUGUAUUAGAGAAGAUAUUUGAAGAAGACUGCGACCCAGAACUUCUUAUUGAAAAGUAUUCGCUGCAGGAGCUGCCAGAGGAAGAACUGCUUGGCAUAAUACACGCAGUACUACAACAGAAAGCGGAAGCAGCAAAGCAAUACAAGGAUGGUAAUACAAAAUCUUUUGGUUUUCUUAUGGGAGCUGUUAUGCAGGCAAGUAAAGGGAAGGCAAAUCCCUCUAUGGUAAAAAAACUACUAGAGUCGCAGUUGAUGUAG